GUGCCGGGGGCCCGAUGAGAAACAGGAGCGGGUCGGUGCCGGGGAGCCCCGCCGGGGGCAGAGCCACGAGGGCAGCUCAGCCCCGCUAAACCCCCACUGACGGACUGUCACAUUUGAACCGUCGGCGGCACCCGCGCUGCCCCAGCCCGCGGCCCGGGGCGCGCUCCCGGCGGAAGCGGAAGGGCCGGGCAGCGCAGCGGGAGCCUCGGGAGCGGCGGCGGCAGCGGUCGGGAGCGGCGGCAAAAAUGCCUGCAACAUGCGACUUCGUUACACUCCACACUGGGCAGAAGAUGCCUCUCGUGGGACUGGGAACUUGGAAAAGUGACCGUGGCCAAGUGAAGGAGGCAGUGAAGCACGCCCUCAGCGUGGGCUAUCGCCACAUCGACUGCGCAGCCGCCUACAGCAACGAAGCCGAGAUCGGGGAGGCCUUCCAGGAGUGCGUUGGACCCAGCAAGGUUAUUAAAAGGGAGGACCUGUUUGUAACAUCAAAGCUCUGGAAUACCAAGCACCACCCAGAAGAUGUAGAGCCAGGGCUGAGGAAAACACUUGGAGAUAUGAAACUGGAUUACCUGGACCUGUACCUCAUGCACUGGCCUCAUGCCUUUGAACGAGGGGACAAUCUCUUCCCAAAGAAUCCCGACAACACGAUGCGUUACGACUACAUUGAUUAUAAGGAGACCUGGAAGGCUAUGGAGAAACUGGUGGAGAAAGGUCUUGUAAAAGCCAUUGGGCUGUCAAACUUCAACAGUCGUCAGAUCGAUGAUGUACUAAGUGUGGCUACUGUGAAGCCAGCUGUGCUCCAGGUGGAAUGCCAUCCUUACCUAGCUCAAAACGAGCUGAUUGCUCACUGCCAGAAACGAGGACUGGUGGUCACUGCCUACAGUCCCCUCGGCUCCCCGGAUCGCAUGUGGAAACACCCGGAUGAGCCUGUGCUGCUAGAGGAACCUGGGGUCCAAAAAAUUGCCGAAAAAUACAGCAAGUCACCUGCACAGAUCAUCCUCAGAUGGCAAGUGCAGCGUAAAGUGGUUGUCAUUCCCAAGAGUGUCACUCCUGCUCGCAUUCAGCAGAAUCUGCAGGUGUUUGACUUCAGCCUCACAGCGGAGGAGAUGAGCCACAUUGGAAGCCUGAAUAAAAACUGGCGUUACAUCGUGCCAAUGAUCACGGUGGAUGGAAAGCUAGUAGCCAGAGAUGCUGGACACCCCCACUACCCCUUCAAUGACCCCUAUUAACUACUGGAAAACAAGGUGUUAAAGUAACGCUCCUGUAAUUGCCUUUUCACAAAGCGAUUGUUGCCACGAUUUGUCAAAAGCACUGUCCAAAUUAAAACCUUCCUUCCCAAGUGGGUUUUCCUACAAUGUGCUACUUCUAAUCGACCUCCUGCCUGGAGAUCCUGUAGCUUCUGUUCCAAAGUUUGUGGAUGCGUUACAAGGACUGCAAGGUGGCUCCUGGAGGCAUUAGAUCUUUUGGAGAUUAGAUAAAGAGUGAGGGAGUCUAAGUCAAGUUCCAAACACAUCAGACAAAGGCAUUACUUUGAGUAAUUACUUUGGUUACUACUGUGAAGGUUUUGAAAACUUCAGUUGCUACCAUGAUGAGGGGAAAAAAAAAAGAAAGGUGAAGGUGUGAAAGUUUUUUAAGGCUAAAGAAUUGCUCAGCCAUCAACUUUGAUAUCUUUAUUAAUAAUUUUUUACACGGGGAAUAAAUUGUAAACAGCUACAAUUGCACUGCAUCCAUAAACCAUUCAUUAAAACCCAAGUGAUCAGCCAUGCCCAGUGCUUUUAUCCACUUCAUAGUACUUUUGGGACCUAAAGUUGUCAAUUUUCACUUCCUUUUAAUUUGUCUGUAGAUUUGAGCAGAAUAAAAGCAGACCCUGGAGCAGGCCUUCAGGGCAAUUCUCUCUCUUGCUUGUCACAGUGCUGGGUUUCAGCUCUGACAGCAGCUCUGAUCCCAUCACAAAAGCCACAAGAACUUUUCAGCAAGUCUUGCAGAAAACCAGCCUGCUUUUCCCGUGAAGCUGUCCAGUGUUUCUUUACCAAAGAUGUCCCUUUUGAGUUCUGGAAGGUCACAAAAUUACUUCCUAAUUAUACAGUAAGACCAAAGACCUUUCAGAGCUUCCAGUGUUUUAAUGCUGCAUUUUUGGCUGCUGCCAAAAAAUGUCUUUGGUUGAUGCUGAGGAGAGCUGCUCCUGUCUCCUGCUGUACCACUGACCUGCUGGUAACUCGGGGUGAGUCAUUGGCCUUUUGUGCCUGUUUUCCUACUUGCCAUGUCUCUGUGUUCCCCUGGCAGGGACUAAUUUGCUGAGUGCUCAGGCACCCUUGGACUGGAACUCCAGCUCUAAGCAGAGUUUUCUUUUGUGUCAGUCUCCUAAUGAAUUGGCUGGUCAUCUGAGCACAAAGGGCCUGAGGUGUUAGUACCUACCUGUGCUCUGGUGGUGACACUUUCUGUGGCCUUAGAAACAUCAACACUUCAUUUUGGCCCUCUCUACCUGUUAAAUAGGAUUAUUUUUUUUCCCACAGUAGUAGCAAACAAUUAGAAAAACAGUCUUGUGUAUCAAAUAGUUCAAAAGUUAAAAAAUUAGACACUUUAAUUUGGAUACCCUCAUUUGCAGUAGGCCUAUAGCAUAUCUGUGCAUUCAUUUUGAGUGUAAAGCCUUCUCAGGUAGUUCCUGCCCUGGGCCUCACAGUGUGCAGCUGAACUGCAAAAAAAAAAAAAAAAAGAGUGACACCCAUUUAUCACUCUUUGUAAACUGCAGGCAAAGUUUCAGGAACUUCUGUUCCUUUGUAAAAUGUUUCCUAAUUCCUGAUGAAUUUGCCUCAAUGGAGAAAGCCAUUGCACCUCAUUUAGGAUUCUUUACUAGACUGGACGUUUUCUCUUAAGGAAAAUUAAAUUCCUGUUGGUUUCUUUAAUUGUUCAACUCAAACACGGUGACUUUGAAUACGGUUCUUGUUGCACUCAUUAUGCACGCAGUUGUACUUUGCAGGCACUCUGCAGACUGCAGUCAUCCUGCCAAGGACAGUGGUUUCUCUUGCUUGUUUCACUUGCAUGUUUGAUUGUUUAAAUAAAUUCUGUACUCAUUGUAU